AUGAAGACGUCAAAGACGAAAAAACCUCGCACCACGACCAUAUUACCCACUUCCACCACCACUACCGAGAUUACCUCUGAUUAUUUCACUAUCGACACUACCGAGCUUAGUUCAAAAGAUUAUGCCACUGAUAUUCCCCAUCCAUUCUAUGGCGUUUCUGGCGAUAUUUAUCAAGCUAUCACCUACGAGGACCUGGAUCUGUAUGUGGCAUCCAAGUAUGACCCACUGGUUUGCAAGAAGGGGCCCGGCGAUCAACAAUUUGGAGAUCCGUCUCAGUUGGCCGAUUACAAAUGGGAUGGCACCCCGUUUCACACCUACCACCACGCCGAUGCAACGAAUAUUGCGAUAUCGAUGUUUGUGCUCGGCUUCAUCGGGGCGGCCUUGGCGACAGUCUCGGGCUUAUUGGUACUGAAAAAUCCAAAAAUCACGAGGAUCGUUAGCAUUGGAAUGAUCGCCGACGCGGGAUGUCGGAUUGUUAAUUCCUUGGCGCGGUUUUACUAUGGGAAAUGCGUGUUUGAG